AUGGAAGACUUGCAAAUAGGACCCUUUUGAGCUUAUGAUUGAUGGGAUUCUGGAUGGAAUAUGAAGUGAACAGAAGAUGCUGAAGGAAACGUGCUUGCUCUUUGCCACUUUUUAAAAUGGAGCCCAAAAUCAAAAAGUAAAAAUCCUUCAAGCUGCCCAGGUUGGAGAGAUCAUGUUGGAGAAGAUAUUGAAGGUUUGCCUUUCAAGAUUCUCUGAGAGAGAAUAUAG